CCUCUGUGCUGUGAUUGACAGGUCCCCUUUUCUCCGGCUCUCCUCUAAGCUCCGGUUGUUGACACUCUCCAAAAGUCCGCACGGCUCUCACGGAUAACGGAGACGUUAUUAUAGUAAGCUGUCCGGCUCGAGGACGGACAGACCGUCGCGCGUAAAGCACCUGGACUUGUCAUCGUGGAUUCUGUUUUUGCAACUGCUCUGUGUUGUGAACUUUUCUUGCUCCCUGCAAGCUCGUGACCGUCUCCUUCCUCCUCUUGUCCCGAGACACCGAGAGACAGAGAAACAUGGCAGAGAAGCGGCGGUCCCCGUGCGCACUAAGCGUGAAGGCGCACGCGUUCUCGGUGGAGGCACUGAUCGGAGCGGAGAAGAGACGCAGGACGACCGGAGACGAUGCUGCUGCUGUGUCUCCAGGCUACGAGGACGGAACCGACGUCUCUGAUCUCACCGGGAGCCCGGGGCCGCGAGCCGACAGAGCGUGCACCAGCGAGGCGGAAUGUGCCAGUGACGGAUCCCAGAGCGAGGACGCGCUGCUGGAGAGCCCGCAGCCUGCAGCUCCGUGCACGGCGCCGGUAACCGGCAGCGGAGAGGAGACCCGCGUGGACCUGCAAGGAUCAGACCUGUGGAAACGGUUCCACGAGAUUGGCACGGAAAUGAUCAUCACCAAGGCUGGACGGCGGAUGUUCCCCGCUAUGCGUGUGAAGAUUACAGGCUUGGACCCACAUCAGCAGUAUUACAUCGCCAUGGAUAUAAUCCCCGUGGACAACAAGCGAUAUAGGUACGUGUACCACAGCUCCAAGUGGAUGGUAGCGGGCAAUGCAGACUCGCCUGUGCCGCCCAGAGUGUACAUCCACCCGGACUCACCGGCCUCCGGAGAGACCUGGAUGCGUCAGGUGGUCAGCUUCGACAAGCUUAAACUGACCAACAACGAGCUGGACGACCAGGGACAUGUAAGUGCCACCACGAAGCCUAUCAUUCUGCACUCCAUGCACAAGUACCAGCCGCGGGUCCAUGUGAUCCGUAAGGAGUGUGGAGAGGAGUUAUCCCCAGUGAAAGCCGUCCCUGCCGGGGAAGGCACCCGCACCCUCGCCUUCCCCGAGACCGUGUUCACCACCGUCACAGCAUAUCAGAACCAACAGAUUACAAGGCUGAAAAUUGACAGAAACCCAUUUGCCAAAGGCUUCAGAGACUCUGGCAGAAACCGGAUGGGUCUGGAGGCUUUGGUCGAGUCUUACGCAUUCUGGCGUCCAUCUCUACGAACACUCACAUUUGAAGACAUCCCUGGCAUGACCAAGCAAGGGAUCCCAGGGAUUCAUGGUGGGAUCGGACCAUCAGGUCACCUGCUCUCCACGUCCCCGUGCUCCUCACCUUUCCAGGUUUGCCCUCUAAGCCCGCCUGACUACACUUGCGGCCGACCCACGCACCCUCUCCAUCGUUAUAGCAACCCCCCGGAUCCCUUCCCCCCUCCCAGAGGUCCGUCGGCAUAUGACGGCGAAGGAUUCUGCUCUCUGCCUCUCCCUGCUUCUCAACUCGGCUAUCUAUCCAAUCCGAACCCGCAGGGUUACGCUGGGCUUCGCCUCCACACGCCACCCUACAGCCUGUACGGUUACACAUUCCCUCCCUCGCCACGCCUCGCAGCCAGCCCUGAUAAAAUGGCCGCCGCUGCCACUGCCAAUCACCAGAGUGCCUUCCUUGGCUCGUCUCCCAGUGGGACUCUAACGGACAGUCUGGGCAUGCUCAGUGGAGGACAGCAGGGCUUCUUGUUUGACUCCCGGACUUUAGGGCUGGCAGGUAGCCAGCCGGGAGUUGGCGCCUCACAGGUCACUGCCCACAUGGGCUGAAUUUGACUCCGGACAUCUAGGGUUGUCACGAAACACAAAAUGACACCCUGGAAUGGGUGUAAGUUGCUUUUGGUGCAGAACGUUCUACGAAUUAAUCCACCGUGUGCUGAACAAGCAUCAGGCUGAAUUGAGAGAGGAGUGACAGAUGAAGCCUUUGCCUCUGUGAGCAUGAAGAGCUUUUCAAAACUCCUUGAAACUGAAGGGAAUAUUUUUUACCAAGUUCUUAUCUUUCAAGUAUGUGCUCUAGGACAUGCAUGUGCAGCUGCAGUGGUCACUUCCUGCAGCUUUGGAUGAGGAGUCCAAACGAUGUAACCCAGUGGCUGAACUGGAACUGAAUGGAUUGGAAAGAAACUGGGCUGGCCCAGGCACCCAAAGCAAGCACUUCAAUGCCUGGCAGGAGGCCCUGAAGCAGUAACUAUUAGACUCACAAAGCAUUGCCUCCUUGACCUUCUUUGGAUGGAGUUACCGAACACAACUUUUGAACUUCUUUUUACGGGAUUCAUUGACUUAAUUCCUUUUGUCGAUUAAAUUCAUUGUCAUUACAUACCUGGUGGUGUUCUCAAUCAAGUCUUUGGAAUAACAAAAGUGUAGUCGAUCUAGUAAUAUGCACUACAGACAGGGCCUUUUCACCACUGAGACUUAAAAACAAACGUUUACACGCAACACCAGGAGCCUGUCACAUAUUAACAUGAUGCCAUCAUGGCCACAAGAGACCAUGAGAGAUAUCCCAGUGACAGUUAUGGACUGACGAGGUAAAAGCUGUGGGAGAACGACGGACUAAUCUACAUAUUCUACGUCUGGUUUGACAAACAUUUUCUUGGUGCAUCUGUUCGGACGUCCGGCUGAAGUUCCUUUGUGCGACAUAGACGUAACUGCACGUGAUGACUCUGUAUAUAGCGAGGGGGAAGGCGGGCGGGAGGAGAGAUGUGUACAUAAAGGGCCGUGUGACCCUUCGCACUUAAAAACCCCAGUGCACCUGCUUCUGUUCUUUUGACUCGGGUCAACAGCCAACCCUGAACUUGACCGAAAAAGCUUUUCUUUGCAAACACGCGCUAUAUCAGCACGCCCUUUGGCCGAGGACAUUAACACGUUCUUUGACCUUUUUGAGCCAAAUAAAAUAUAUCUAUUCAUGUCACAAUGUUAAUAUGUAAUCAAUAUCUUACUAAUUUAACUGAUUUCAUAUUGUUUAUUAAGGCAAUUGUGAACAUACGUGUGUGUGUGAGCGUUUUCUUUCCACCUUUUUUUUUUUAAAAGCAAAGCAAAUACAAUAUAAUAUUCCUUGUGAAAACAAAGAACGGAGGACUGUAUGCGUAUGUGUUCUCACUCAUGUAUGUGCUAGUGGGAUUGUGAACGUGUGAUAAAGCAACCAAAGACUGGGGUUGUACAGGCCUUGGAUUCCAGAGAAAUGAAAAAUACCACAGGAGACAAGGAGAAAGAACAACUCUCAGCGCCACACACGCACGCACGCACGCACGCACGCACGCACGCACGCACGCACGCACGCACGCACACACACACACACACACCUACAACCCUGCUGAACUGACUGGUCACAAGAGGCAGGGUGUGCGGUGAAUGUGGAUGUGGGUGUGAUGGUGCGGACAUGUGUGAGCGUGCACAUUUGUGUGUGGCAACAGGUGGCUGAGCUGACAGCGAGUGUGUGACCUCCAUGAAUUGACAGCCAACCCCCCCCACCCCCCCGCCACCCCCACCCC